AUGCCGCUGGGUCCAGCAACUGUUGUAAUCACAUUUCAAGUUCAAGAAUGUGACUGUGCAAAUAUUCAACAAUCGCAAUGCGGAUGCACUCCAUCGGUAUCUCCAUCUUGUAACUGCCCAGCACUGCAACAACAGUACAGCUCUUGCGGAUGUGGACCACUGAGCUAUCAGUGCGCACCAAUGUGUAUGCCACAAUGCCUUCCUCAAUGUACCUCGCAACAACAGCAGCAGAUAGUUAUCGUUCAACCAGAUCCUCAACUACAGUCUCAGCCAGUACCCAGAUGCGCUCCCGUCUGUAUGCCAGAGUGUACACAACAGUGUCUCCAGCAAGCUUGUGCUCAAGCCUGCCAACCUCUGUGUAACACCGCAUGUGCUCAACAACAGCCAGUAAUUAUUGUGGCACAACCGCAACCAGAAUGUGCACCUCAGUGCAUGCCAGCGUGUCAACCAGAAUGUAUCCAACAAGCUUGUGCACCAGCAUGCCAACCAACAUGUGAUCCUCAGUGUGUCCAGCAGCAACAGAAUCAAAUUGUGGUCGUCUCGCAACCACCUCAACCUCAAUGUGCUCCACAAUGUAUGCCUGACUGUACACCUCAAUGUGUCCAACAGUCCUGUAGUACAGCAUGUCAGCCAAUGUGUACCGCGCAGUGUACACAGCAACAACAACAGCAAAUCCUUGUUGUGCCACAGCCUCAGCCUCAAGCACAGUUAUGUGCAGCGCAGUGUAUGCCAACAUGUAGUCCGCAGUGUAUUCAAGCUGCCUGUCAGUCUGCAUGUCAGCCAAUGUGUGAACCUCAGUGCGUUCAGCAACAACAGCCACAGAUUGUUGUUGUCACUCAACAGCCGCCAAUCCAAGUGCCGGUACAACAACCGCAGCAAGAACAAUGUGCUCCGAUAUGUAUGCCACAGUGUACCCCUCAGUGUGUCCAACAGCAGCAACUUUGCGUUACUGCUUGUCAACCAAGUUGUCAAAGUUCGUGUAAUAACAACGCUCAAUGUAUUCAGUCUUGCCAACCUAGCUGUGAACAGUCUUGUGUACAACAAGCUCAACAGCCAGUUGUAGUUGUUCAACAACCAACUCAAGCCCAACCGCAACAGCAACAAUGCCCAGAAAUCUGUCAGCCAGCAUGCAGUCCACAGUGUAUGAAUCAGUUGACCAUCUGUAUUGCUGCGUGUCAACCAAGCUGCCAGAGUUCAUGCAAUUCGAACACUCAGUGUUCACAAGCUUGUCAACCGAACUGCGAACAAUCAUGUUUGCAACAAUCACAACCUGUAAUAGUCGUUCAGCAACAACCAUCACAACAGCAGUGUAUGCCAGCAUGUCAACCGGACUGUAAUCCUCAAUGUAUUCAACAGCAGGAAGUUUGUGUUCAGGCAUGCCAACCAAGUUGUCAAAGUUCCUGCAAUUCAAAUCUUCAGUGUUUCCAAGGAUGUCAGGCGAGCUGCGAGCAGUCAUGUGCUCAUCAGGCGAAUCCUCCAGUUGUUGUUCAACAACCCACGAAUGUCAUUAACAGUUGUGGUCUAACCUGUCAGCCAACUUCACCGGUACAGUGUGUUCCACAGUGUCAGCCGACGUGUCAGUCAUCAUGUAUGCAGCAACAGGGCUACGGAAAUUACAUACAGCCGGCUGCGAUAACAUUAUGCACCCAACUAGGUGGUUCGGGCGGAAUUGGUAACUGUGCAUGUUCUUCCGGAUACACGCAAUGUAUGCAGGGUGUAUGUUGCUUACGUAAGAGACAUCGUGUUAAGAAAAGCUAA